AUGGACUCCCUGCUUCCAGGUGGACUGAUUUCUGUGCAAAUACUCAGCAAUGGCACUAUUCGAAUGCCGCUUACCUAUUAUGCUGAAGUGGCAUGUUCUGUUCAUGUAGGAACGUUUCCAUUCGACAAACAAAGCUGCCGUCUUCUCAUUCUGUCGCUGGCUUUUGAAAGCAGAUUCAUGACGAUGAAUGGAAGCACUUAUCAACUUGGCCCUUCUCAGAUGCAUUUGAGUAUCGGUUUAACGAGUCUCGUCUCGAUGACUCUUCUCUUGGAUAUGCUCUCAACAGCAAUCCCGAAAACGGCCGCUUUUCCACUAUUGGGUAUUUAUGUGGUUGCUUGUGUUGGGAUCACUUCGGGUGCUUAAUGCUUUGAACCACCGGAACCGGAACGAACAAAAUAUGUGAAUAAGGGAAAUAAGAUCAUUGGAUUUGUUAUCGAGGACAAUCCAAAAAUCACAAACGAUUUCUUGAUAAACCGGGGUAAUAUUUUCGAGAAGUUGGUUACCAUUUUCACGCCUGAUACUAUUGGUAUCACAAAUGUUGUCAAUGGAGACAAAGGAUAUACGUUUUCUGCUACUGGGGACAUUGGCACUGUAAUGGGCAAUAUUUUGAAUAGUAUUGACUCAAAAAACCCAUCGGCAAAAACCAAUUUCUACACUGCCAUCAAAAAUGCAACAGAAAUCAAUCGUCAUGCAUUAUUCUAUGAUUUGUUUGUGGUUGGAUUAUCAUCGAGUGUGUUUGAAUUUUCCGAGACAACUCCCGAAUUCGAUAUGUUUGGCUAUCUCUACAAGCAAAGGAUCAGGCUUCAUUGGUUGUGGAUUAAAGACGAUAAUCCCACUCCUACUUCCGCUAAGGAAUUUGAUGAAGCCUCAAAGAAAUUAGCUGCUGGCACUGGCGGACUCUCACAUCUUUUUGAUAAUGCUCACGAAGCGGCAAAGUUCAUCAACAACUUUGAUUGGUUUUUCGGAAAAGAAUUGGUGUACAGUCAAGAAUUGAGUGACAUGAUUGAAAUCGUUACUCCAUUACAAUUACAAAUCAAUGAAACGAUUUAUGUGGUUCUUGAUAGUUCGGCUACGACAAUUCCGGAUGUUGUAAUCAACGGAAAUGAUCUAGAAAAGUUCCCGUAUUCCCCAAGUGACAAACAGAUGCAAAUUUUCCAGUUUGGACCAAAACCACUUCAAACUAGCGGUUCUAUUAUCAAAAAUGAAUGUGGCGGUGAUUUGGCCUUUUUAUAUUAUUUUAGCUACAAUUGGGUAUGCUCUCAGCCAGGGAAAAUUUAUCAACUACAGCUUUCCGAGCAGACAACGUGGACUACAAGAACGUUUUCCUUUGUUUGUAAUCAAGAAAAUCCUGAUGAAAACACCUCUACAACAACACCACCAACAUUCCCAUUCUGCACACAAAAUGCUCGACUUGAUAUUAUGUUCAUGAUUGACGGAUGUUUUCCUGAUCAACAAGAUAUUACUUUGGUGUACAAUGUACUCACAAAUUUCUACUCGGCUCUUGCAAUGACAAAGGAAAUUAGAAAUGGAAAUGAUUUUUGCACAGAUGAAAGUCAAUGGAAUCAAUGGAAUACAAGAGUUACAGGUCAAACAUAUUACAAAGAUACAUACAAAGGAGUUGUCCCACAAUUCUGUCAAGAUCAAUCAGCCCAAGUUGCCAGUACAGUCAAUGGCUUAAAGCCUAGCACGCUCACAGUCACUUCGAUGCAAAAAAUCGUCAGCAGAACGAGCAUUUUUAUGGAACAAAAAUGUGGCUGUCGAAGAUGGACAAACGGAUCGAAUCCCGAUUACAAUGUGGCUGCUCGUCAAAUAAUGAUUUGGUUACCGUUAAAGCCGAACUAUGGAGAUGAAGCAACACAGUUUCCCGACCAGAAUCUCUACAGCUUUGAUCAUUACCUCUUGCCUUAUAAAUUUUCACAGAAAGAGGCUGAUGUUGAUCCAAAUUCGAUUUGGACAAAGAUGAAAGAGAUUAAUUUGACGACACCGACAAUGAGCGGAAAAGAAAUUGUGCAAGCUUUGUGGGAUCUCGUUUGCGAUGUGACUGGUGCUCCCGGAGAUCGUCCGAUUGCUCCUGAUGAUUGGCAGUCAUUU